AUGACAUCAUCUAUGGAAGAUUAUUUUCGAACUGCUUUAAGUAAAGAAUUGGCAGUUGCACCACCGGAACGUGAGCAUGAGCAUUUAUCAUCAACUUCACGAUUGUUGGAAAAACAACGUGAAGUCACAGAAGCGGAAUCAUUAUUAACCAACCAGAAAGAAGAAUUUAAAUUAAAAAUGCAAAGUUUAAAAAUGCGUCGCGAGAAGCUUAAUUCAAAAGAACAUGAAUUACGCGAAAGUUUAGCUAAUUUCGAAAAAUAUAUCAACGAACUUGAUUCCAAAAAAAUGCGUGCACUUAAACGAGCUCAUGAUGAACGUGAACUUGCAUCAGUAAAACAAAAAGAUAUUGAAAGAUUACAAGCUGAAAUCGAUGAAUUAAGACGAAAACGAGAAGAAUUAACAACACGAAAUGCUAAAUAUGGUGAACAUAGUAAAUAUCUUGAAAAGACUGUUGAAUUAGCUGAUGAAUUUCAAGAAAUUCGAGAAUUAAUCGAUCGUUAUACAACACUAUAUACGAAUAAAGAAUCCUUAUUAGAAAUUCAAACUCAACGUGAAGAACAAUUAGAAAUGUUACGUCGAAAACGAGAUGCAUUUAUGCAGAAAACGAGUAAUGAAAUUUUAACAUUAAAUAAUCGUAUUGGUGAUUUACAACAUCACCUUGAACAAGCGGAAAUUGAUGCAAGACGCGCUGAAAAUGAUUGGAUUUUUAUUCAAUCGACUGCAGCUGAAAAAACAUUACUACUUGGCAAUGUUAUCUUAGCUGUACGUAAUUUAUAUCAUCUUGUACUUCGUCAACAAAAAGUUGAUAAAGAUGAAAGUCAAGACAUUAUAGAUCCAGUAAAAAGAGUUCGACAACAAUUAGAAAAAGUUGAAAUGUUUAUUCACGAUUUUACAGCUAUCACACACGAAAUGAAACGUGGUGAUCAAGCGAAAGCUAGAAUGAGUUAA